AUGGCGUUGAAGGACAUACUCGGCCGCAAAGCCCCACCGCCCGACACCAGGAGCCACAGCAGCAGCGAGAAGCCCGCCUACGAGCAGGAGAAGAACUACGACGCCGAAGCCGCUGCCGCCAGAGGAAUCACCGCGCCCACCGAGGAUGCCGACUCGGACGCGAGCAUCACCAUCGGCAGGCAGAUUGAACUCGAGGCCAACAACGCCAUCAAAUACCGUACUUGCAGCUGGCAGAAGACGGCCGCUCUCUUGUUCUCCGAGUACAUUUGCCUGGCCAUCAUGUCCUUUCCCUGGUCGUACUCCAUCCUUGGCCUUGUACCUGGCCUGAUUUUGACAUUCGUUAUUGCCGGCCUUGUCCUGUAUACGUCUUUGACGACAUGGGAGUUCUGCAUGCGCCACCCCCAGAUCCGAGAUGUCUGUGACAUUGGCCAGAUGCUUUUUUGGAAAAAGAAAUGGGCCUUCUAUGCCACUGCAGUCAUGUUUGUUCUAAACAACGUCUUCAUCAUGGGCUUGCACUGUCUUGUAGGUGCCAAGUGGUGGAAUACCAUCACUGGACACGCCACAUGCACUAUUGUCUUCGCAGCCAUCACUGCCAUUGUUUCGUUUGUGGCCUCCCUUCCACGCACUUUCAAUACACUUGCCACCCUCGCAAGUGCCUCCGCCUUGUUCACCUUCGUCUCCGUCAUCCUCGCGGCGGCCUUUUCUGGAGUCGACGGAAAGCCUGCAGGCUACCCAAGCAAGGGCGAGGUUGAGGUCCACGCUGUACCUCCGCCCGGCACAACCUUCGUCCUUGGAAUGAGCGCAUUCAUGAACAUCUCCUACACCUUCAUUGGCCAAAUCACUCUCCCCAGCUUCAUCGCUGAGAUGAGGAAUCCCCGGGAUUUCCCAAAGGCGCUUUGGGCUGUCACCAUCUGCGAGGUCGUUGUCUUCAGCCUCGUGGGCGGUGUUGUUUACGGAUACACGGGCACCAACUACAUGACGUCGCCGGCUUUUGGAUCAAUUUCCAACGAGGUCUACAAGAAGGUGUCAUUCACGUUCAUGGUACCCACCAUCAUCUUCCUUGGUGUCUUGUACGCCUCUGUCACUGCACGCUUUGUACUGUUCCGCAUCUUCGGGCCUACCUCACGACACAGGACUGGCCAUACCGUGGCUGGGUGGCUCACCUGGGGUGCAAUCCUGGCAGCCCUUUGGGUUUUAGCUUUCAUUAUUGCCGAGGUCAUUCCAUUCUUCUCCGACCUGCUCUCGCUGAUGAGUUCGCUCUUUGACUCGUUCUUCGGCUUCAUUUUCUGGGGCGCUGCAUACUUUCAACUUCGCUCGGAAAAGUAUGGGCCAAGUUUCUGGAAGACGCGUGGUUUCCGCGGGUAUUUCGGCUUCUUCUUCAACGUCGCACUGUGCCUUAUCGGCCUGCUGUUCCUCACGGCGGGAACGUACGCAACUGUACAGUCCAUUAUUGACGGAUACAAAGCUGAUGGAUUCGGUGGACCAUUUACGUGCGCCGAUAAUGGCUUGUAG